AUUAGUUGUGCGACGUCUGUCGUGGAGUACUGAGGUGAUCCACCGAUCCACGAAAUCAUGCUCAUCGUUUUGUUCCUGAUCCAAAUAAUCGCUGUGCUCGGCAAUGGCGGAAAAUGUGAACCGAGAUCCCUACUCAUGGACCUGGUGGAGAUGGUUCCCCGACAUGGGAACACCACACUGUCCAAGUGCGAGGAUCACUUGGUGGAACUGGGAAAAGCCUGGCAGGAUCAGCAGUCCUGGGCGCUUAAAGCUGUGGACGCCUCCGGCGAGGGCUUCUCCAACUUCAUGAUGGGCCAAAGCACCUGGCUGGGCAACCGAUUCACCUGUGGCGCGGUCAGCGAGCCGGUGACCGGUGACAUGACCGCCACAAAUGUGCGUCUGCUGCGCGAAGUGUCGCCCAUGGAGUUCCACUAUUUGGUGGCCUACCUCGAGUCCAAUUCGCCGUGGCAGCUGCAGGUGUCCAUCAAGCGGAGUCCUCUGCUGCACAUUGGUCUCUGUUUGCCCCGGAGCUGUGGCGUCCCGGAGGUGGAGCAGCUCAUCCGGCGAUCCUUAGAGGGGAGAAGUUCAUUUCGAUGCUGGGACAUGGAUGCCCAGCUGGUCUAUGCCAAGAAGCCGGAAUUAAAAGCCCAUUUCUUUGAUAGCGGAGCGGUGCACCUGCUCCUUAUAGUGGUGGCUGGAACCCUCGUGCUAACCCUUCUGGCCUUCAGCGGCCUGGCCCAGCAGUCCCGCAUCCUGGCCUGCUUCGAUCUGGCCAGCAACUGGCAGCUGGCAUGGAAGCCGGCGAAUCCCAGUCAGGAGAAUAGGACCAUCAACGGCCUGAGGGUGUUCUCCGCCUUCUCCUUGAUUGGCGUCCAUGUGAUCUGGUACAAAUACUUCUCCGUGGACCCCUCGGUCGAGUUGCUCGACAAGUUGGUGUCGAUGUCCAUCCAGCAUAACUACUGGCCCAGCAUGGUGGAGAUCUUCUUUGUGAUCAGUGGUUACCUGACGGUAUUGAACUUCCUCAAGGACAAGCAGCUGCAGCAGAAGAUAGCCGUGGAUGGCUUCUGGGGCAAUGGACGUCGCUAUGUGGGACAGUUCAUCCAUCGCUACUGCCGAUUGGCUCCGCUGCAGUUCGUGGUCAUGCUGGCCGGCGUGGUGAUGAUGGAGUACCAGCGUCAGGUGUCCGUGCUGCACAUCAACGAUCCGCAGGACGAGCUGUGCCGGCGCAACUCCAUGCGCAACCUGCUGUUCAUCCAGAACUUGUUUCCCGUUGCGGAAAUGUGCGGAUCGUGGACCUGGUCGCUGGGCUGCGACAUGCAGCUCCACCUGCUGGCCAUGCUGCUGCUUUUCGGCCACAACAGGCACCCUAAGGUGGUCAGGUGGACAACCUAUCUGCUCCUGGUGGUCAGCGCCCUGAUUUCGAGCCUCCUGAUGGAGGUUAAGCAGGUGGGCUCCAAUUUCGAGGAACUGUACCACACCAACGAGUGGUCCUACAUGAGUCCGGUGAUCCGCAUGUUGGCCUACAUAAUCGGUGGUUCGUAUGCCUACACACAUGUCAAGGGUCUGGGAACACCCUUCGAUUUGAUCAUGCCGAAUCGCUGGGCCAGACUGGGAUCCGUCCUACUGAUUGGCUGGCUGGCCAAGCUGGUAACCACGGAUCCAUUGCCGAAGGCCAGUGUGGUCUUCAGCUUCAUGGUCAUUCUGCGGGUUAUGGUGUCCAUGCUGGCCAGCCACCUUAUCAUCUGCGGCACCAAGUCGGACACCAGCGAUUCCACUGCCCCCACCCGGUGGCUCCUGGCGGUCCUGCAAUCGGAGCAGGUGCAGCGAAUAAGCCGCUUCACCUAUGCCAUCUACCUGCUGAACCCCCUGGUCAUCAUGUACUUUUACCACUCCUUCAGCAGUGUAGUGAGACCGGACACCACCAUGAUACUCCUUCUUACAAUAUCCUGUUCAGCGAUCUGCUACGUAUUGGGGAUCGUUUUCACAGUGCUCUUUGAAAUCCCCUACAACCGGCUGAUUAGACUGCUGACUACCUCCAGAUUCUCGCAAAAAAAGAGCAUGAAGAAGCGUUCAUCUCAGGAUAUGCCCGAACAGACCUCCAAUAUUGCACUUGGGUUGUAA